AUGGAGGAUGGAUAUAAGGAUGUAUUGGAAUUCGCCAAUGAGUUGAAGUUACACCUCACCGGGGACAUGAUUGACCAAAUGUACAAGCUCCUGGAUUCUGGAAUGAGUCCUCGGAACCUUGCACAGCUUCUAAAAGAAAUAAGGAACGAGUUAUCCGGGAAGAUCAGAUAG